AUGGCCGAUGAGGAAAUCUCCAAGGCGUUCCGCGAAUUGCAGUUCAAGACGAACGAGACGAGAAUGCGAAUAGCUCAGGGAGAGCAGAACAAGAAGCUGAGCACUCACGUAAGUUAUUGAUUUUUCGCCAGAAAGAAACACAUGUAAUUUCCGCCAAAAUCUGGGAUUUUGGUCAAAAAGCUAUAAAAUAUUGAAUUUUCGCUAUUGAGACCUAGAAAUUAUAUCAAAUCUCCGCAAAAUUGAACUUUUUGCAGAAAAUGCGAGUUUCGCAAAGCACAAAGAAGAAUUUGGUGGAUUUGGACCAGGACCUCAAGUAUUAUCGGUCUGUCGGACGUAUGUUCUUGCUCACUGACAAGGCCGCCGAGAUGCAGAGACAUGACGAUGAGGCCCAGCAGGCAAAGUAAGUAGAAAUUCAAGAUUGGUGGCGAAAAAAUAAAAAAUUCGAUUUUCAGGGACAGAAUCGACGCUAUUGACAAGCAGAAGGAGUAUUUGGAGAAGGGAUUGGCCGAAGCCGAGGCGAAUCUUCGCGAAUUGAUCCAGAGCAGACGCUGA